UUGAUUGAACUAUUUGUAUGUGUAGGGCAGGCUAAAUAGAAAUUAUAAAAUGGAUGUCUUUUUUCUCUAUUUGUCACAUUUUACAUGUUUUCAAGAGUUCUUCUCACCAAAAUAAGUCUUUUGGAAUGACAAACUUGUAAUGUAUUUUCAGCUGAAUGAUAGAUUUACCAAACUGACUGGGCUUCGCACAAGGUGACAGAUGAGGACACCACGGAUAAACUUAAAAAUGUGUCUUAUUUACACGGUUUAACAUGGGAUAACACUAUUGCGCUGUAGAUAUGCAUGCAGAAUGUCACAGUGACCUCAAACUACCUGUUUGUUUUACAGGAAGAAGUUAAAAUAAAGAUAAAGGACCUAAAUGAACACAUUGUGUGCUACCUCUGUGCAGGAUACUUUAUCGACGCAACCACCAUCACAGAAUGCCUCCAUACAUUCUGCAAGAGUUGCAUUGUGAAGUAUCUCCAGACCAGCAAGUAUUGUCCGAUGUGUAACAUCAAAAUCCACGAAACACAGCCAUUGCUGAAUCUAAAGCUGGACAGAGUUAUGCAAGAUAUCGUCUACAAACUAGUCCCAGGUCUACAAGAGAGUGAAGACAAACGAAUUAAAGAAUUCUAUCAGUCACGAGGUCUUGAACGCAUAAUACAGCCGUCUGGAGAAGAUUCAGUUCCAGAUAAUACGGGAUUACCCUACACAAGCUUUGACCACUCCAAAGCUCAUUUCUACAGAUAUGACGAACAGGUCUCUCUGUGUUUGGAGAGGCAAAGCUCAUCAUUUCCUGGGAAGGACAAAAAUAAAUUAACUCUACAGCAGAAAUUUGUGCGUUGUUCUGUCAGGGCUGAGGUACGACAUCUGAGGAAAGUGUUAUGUCAUCGACUUAACGUGGAAAAACAUCAGGUCCAGAUGUUAUUCAAUAACGAGUCUCUCCCAGAUCACAUGACCAUGAAGCGUCUCUGGCUGUCUCACUGGUUUGGAAAGGCACAACCACUGGUACUCCAUUAUGCUAUAAAAGACAAACGGACAAGAUAGGAUUAUGUGAAAAUAUCAAUUGGUGUAAAUAUUUUGUAUUUCACAUAUUCUAUUUUAAUAGCUUUC